CAGACUUGUUUCUCUCUCCCUGGCCCACUCCCCCCGCCCUCGCCUCCUCUCUUUCGCUCUGUCUAACUCUCUCCAUCUCGACUCUGGCUCGCCUCCCUGCUCGCUCUUUCUCUUUGCACACACAGUCAACAAAAGCGAGGUCAGAGGAGAGGGAUGAGGGUAUAACGAAAGAGAGGAAGAGGAGGAAGAGCGAGACCUUGGAAGCAGUGGAAAGACUAGAGAAACAUCAGGUUUGGAAAACCAUUGGCAUCCUCUCUCUUGAGGAGUAGUUCUGAUCUGUGUUCUUAUUGGAGGAGUGAAGUAAGAGGUCAGAGGUGAAGGGGAAGUGUUAUGUGUGAGAAACUCAGCAUGCUGAAUCUACAGAACACCUCCAGCUGGACUGGGCCAAACAACUGGUACCAUCAACCAACACAGCACGAUGGCUGUGUGGUGGAUGAUGUGAGCGUGCGGAUGGUGGGAGGAGGAGAAGGAGUGCAAAGAGAGAGGGAUGAGGUAGAGGACGCCCAGCAUCACCUCCAGCUGAAGAGAAAGCUCCAGAGGAAUCGCACCAGUUUCACCCAGGAGCAAAUUGAUGCGCUGGAGAAAGAGUUUGAACGGACACAUUACCCAGAUGUCUUUGCCAGAGAGAGAUUGGCAGCUAAAAUCGACCUUCCAGAGGCUCGCAUUCAGGUGUGGUUUUCCAAUCGGCGAGCUAAAUGGAGGAGGGAGGAGAAGUUGCGCAAUCAGAAGAGGUCAGGGGGCGGGACUCCCUGUUCUCAGGCACAUGCCCCCCUCAGCACCUCCUUCAACACAGGUGUCUAUCACUCUCACCAUGCUAACAGCUCAGCCUCGAUGCACAGUCGCAGUGACAACUCUCUCUCAAGCUACGGCUCUCUCUCAGUCUUCUCCAAUAUGCAGUCGUUGCCCCCCCCAGUCCACUCCCUCUUACCCCUGCAUGCUCCCUCCCUCCCCCUCUCCUCCCCCCCUGCCCCGGAAGUUUGACUCCCUCUCUUACCCCUCUCCUCACCUACCUCCCCCCUCACUCUGCCAGCUCCAACACAGGAUAUCUCUCUCCUGGUGUGUCGGGUAGUGAGCAGGACUUAGGUCAGUACUGGACCAGACUCCAGUGAGAAUAACACAGUUACGGCAUGACACUAGACCACCACCAGACCUGCCAGUAUCUGAAGAUCCACCUAUUCUCUGUGACAGACUAAGAUACCCAAACACCCAAUCCGUUACAAUCCAAAGCGAUUACAAUCAGUCGUUCUAAUAAUGACAAAACGACCAAAAAAAGUAUCAAUGACCUACCACAGCCAAUAACAAUCAUGGAUGGCCUUGGAACCACCAAUGACAAUCUAGUAUGGGCCUGAAGCAGCCACUGACAAUCAAGUAUUGCUACUGGACUAUUAAUUACAAUUAAGCUUGAUCUCAGCGCACCAGGCAAUCAAAUGAUGAACUGAAACUGGAUCCCAGCAGAUUCACUCACUCCUUCACUCACUCACUCAUUCCUUUUGAUGUUUGUUCAGCUCAAACAAGACAAUCAAGCAUUGAAAUGAAAUCACCAAUCAUAGUCAAGCAUGGAUUUCAUUUAACCAAUGACAGUCGAGCAGGGAUUAAUGCAACCAAUGACCUAGGAGAGUAUAAGACAAUCGAAAACCAAUACUAGUGAAUAAGGACGUUACUGUGAUGCCAUAUUUUUGUCCUCUCUCCAUUCCUUUCUUUCAAUCUGACUUUUGCAAUCUUACCCCUUUUAAAAUCCCUUCCCUCAUCUGUACAUUUAGCACUGUGUGUGUGUGCGUGCGUGCGUGUGUGUAUGUACGUGCAGACAUGAGUGAGUGUUUAUGUGUGUAGCUGCAUUUUGUGAAUGUGUGUGUCUUUAAACUGCUAAUCAUUUAAGUGUACUCCCUUUUUGUGAAACUGUUUGAACCAAGAAUAAAAUUCUAAAUGUGAAACUAAA